GACCUUACGCCCUCCCCUACUGGAGCCUCAUCUAAUUUGCCCCUACCCCAUGGCCGACUCUCCGCCUCUGGAACAACAUUAGCCAAUGAAUCUUUAUCCAGUAGUGGUAGCUUCUAUUCCAGCUCCAUGGCUUACUCGGGAGCUCGCCGCUUAGCUGCUUUUUUAUCAGAUGAAGAAGAUAGCGCUGAUUCGACUACUGAUUCGGAUGAUUUUGAUCAUACCCCAGAUCUGGCCUCUAUACCUGGCGGGCAUAUUGGUAUUUCGCCUGGCUCAUUUUCGGGCCUGGCUCCUCCAGUUCUCAGUGGAAAUUUAGGUAGCUUGACUCCAAGUGUGAUUGGCACAAAUGGCUCCUCAUCCAAUCUAUUUAGUCAGGCCAUUGGGACCACAAUUUCUACUGGUUGCGAAGUCGGUGAAGAUGAUACUGAAGGAUUCAGCGUAUCAUAA